CACCCCUGUACUAAAACACACACAACACACAGUGACGAGGGUUUAGUGCAGAUUUUCAUCUGUAAAGCAUAAAAGAUUUGAGGGUUUUGUUCUUGAAAAAUCACACCCAUUUGGCCAUUUUGACCAUCUGUUACAAAAAAGUGCAAUGGAAAAGUACCAGAAAGUGCAGAAACCGAGGCCUGAGACACCCUAUAACGAGAAUGAAAUGAGGAUCACUUCAAUGGGUCUGGUGGGGAAUUAUGUGAACUAUGCUGCUUCUCUUUUUCAGGAGAGACAUGGACGGAAAAUUGUUAUUAAAGGAAUGGGACAGGCAAUAAGUAAGACAGUUGCUAUAGCAGAGAUUCUUAAGAGGAGGAUUCCGGAGUUGCAUCAAGAUACUGCUAUCGAUUCGGUAAGCUUAGUGGAUGUAUGGGAGCCUAUUGAAGAGGGUCUUCUGCCUGUGGAGACAAGUCGCCGAGUCUCAGCUAUCUCGAUCACCCUGUCAACUGAGGAGUUAAGCAAGGAUUCUCCAGGGUACCAAGCUCCAACUCAUGUGGAACAAUCAAGGCCACGACAGAAUUAUCAACAACAACGAUUUCACCAACAACCUAGGGAAGCACGAACCGGUUACAAUGUUGCCGGUGAGGAUGCAUAUGGGCAUGGUCGAGUGCGUGGUAGGGGGAGAGGACGGGGAUGGAACAGAGGCGGCUACAACAACUAUGAUGGAAACUAUCGUGGGAAUUAUCAAGGUGGCUACCAGGGGAAUUAUCAAGGUGGAUAUCAUGGGAAUUAUCAAGGGGGCUACCAAGGAAAUUAUCCAGGGGUAUACCCGGGGUAUCCAGGGAGCUACCAGGGGAAUUAUCCAGGGGGCUACCAGGGAAAUUAUCAAGAAAAUGGCGGGUACUCAAAUCGGAGCCAAGGUGGUGCUCGCGGCCCUCGUUUCAGUAGUUACGGCUAUCGUGGGACUGGAUAUGGAAGAGGCAGGGGUCGAGGUGGGGGCAGAGGUCGCAGUCACAAUAUUUAAAGGAUGGAUGGUCAGCUUAAAGAUGGUUACAACCUGAUAUUCUGCUAUACAUAAAUAGUUUUUUGCCUUGGCUUCGCAGUUCUAUUUUGGAAUCUGUUUCAAAACUUGAAGUUCUGGAUUUUACAGUCCAAGGUUUUUUUAACCGUGUCAUGCAAUGUGCAUGUCUAGGACCUUUCGAUAUUUACUUAGCUUUUGAAGUAUAUAAAUCCAUACUAUCUAGUUUUUGAUUUUGUUGGAGUUUUUACAUAUGUUUGUUCUCCGCCUUUAUCAUUUAU